CGUCUCAGACAGCUCUAAAAUCCUUCUUCGAGGUUUUUCUUCACACUCGCCGAAAAAUCUAAUCUUUACGAGACCCAGAUCGGCGGAUCUAGUGUUAAAAUGGCGAGACAUGCGGCGGCGUUGAAGAUCGGUCUAGCUUUACUGGGGCUGAGCAUGACUGGUUACAUACUUGGUCCGCCUCUCUACUGGCAUCUCACUGAGGCUUUGGCCGCCGUUUCCACCUCCUCUUGUCCUUCCUGCCCCUGUGAGUGCUCUCCCUAUUCCGCUAUCACGAUUCCCAAAGAUUUCUUAAGUGACUAUAUGUUUCUCGCUAAGCUGAGUUUAUAUUCUUUUUCAAGCAGUAAUGCUUCUUUCGCCGAUUGUGCAAAGCACGAUCCAGAGGUCAACGAAGACACUGAGAAGAACUAUGCUGAACUUCUAACCGAGGAACUGAAGCUGCGUGAAGCGGAAUCUUUAGAGAAACACAAACGAGCAGACAUGGGGCUUUUAGAGGCCAAGAAGGUAACUUCUUCAUACCAAAAGGAAGCAGAUAAGUGCAACUCGGGUAUGGAAACAUGUGAAGAAGCUCGGGAAAAAGCAGAUUUAGCACUCGCUGAGCAGAAAAAGCUAACAUCUAAGUGGGAAGAGAGAGCUCGCCAAAAAGGAUGGAGAGAAGGAGCCACCAAGUCAAAUGUUAAACCCAAAAGCAAUGUUUAGGUUGCUUAGGAAACCCCAAAGAUCAGCAAAAGGAUCUUAGUUACAAACCACUCGUGUAAUUGUUUGUGAAUUGGAUUUUAACAAAAUAUAAUGUCAACUAUUAU